AAACUUUCUUCUUCUUCUUCUUCUUCUUCUUCUUCAAUCGUUUGGUAUUAAAUGAGAUGGUGGAGUCGAAACUAUUCCCCAGAAGGAAGGGAUUCUAUGUGAAAAUGAAGCUUUUUCAUCACAAAAAUGGCGGAAGAGCUCAAGAACAGAGCUUCUUCAUCAAAUAUUACAAAUGGGUUUUAUCCCUUUCUCUUUCACUCUACCUUUUUACCUCUUAUUACAUCACCCACAACCAUGAGCCACCUCCAAUCACCAAAACCCAUCUCCCAAAUCCCAUAUCCAAGCUCGCUUCUCGUGCCCUCAUCGAGUCUUCCCACGAUAAAUUCCUCCACCAAGUUCAAGAAUAUCAAGUGUUGAAGGUUUUUGUGUACGAUUUGCCAUCGAAAUACAACGUGGAUUGGACUACAAACGAGCGGUGUUCUAACCAUUUGUUUGCUUCGGAGGUGGCCAUUCAUAGAGCCCUUAUGAACAGCAGUUACAGGACAUUUGACCCACUUGCAGCCGAUUUUUUCUUCGUACCUGUUUACGUUUCUUGCAAUUUCAGCACCAUCAAUGGCUUCCCCGCCAUAGGCCAUGCCCGUUCCCUCAUUGCCUCCGCCGUCGCCUUCAUUUCCUCUCAUUAUCCCUUUUGGAAUCGCACCAAUGGCUCCGACCAUGUUUUUGUCGCUUCUCACGACUUCGCCUCUUGCUUUCGCACCAUGGAGGAUGUCGCCAUAGCUGACGGAGUACCUUCGUUCUUGAAGAACUCGAUAAUAUUGCAAACUUUUGGAGUCAACUACAAACAUCCGUGUCAAGAUGUUGAACACGUCGUUAUUCCGCCGUAUAUUUCGCCGGUAUCUGUACGGGCUACACUCGAGAAGUCGCCGGUGACUGGCCGGAGAGAUAUUUUCGCGUUCUUCAGGGGUAAAAUGGAGGUGAAUCCCAAGAAUGUCAGCGGACGUUAUUACAGCAAGAAGGUGAGGACAAUGAUUUGGCGAAAAUUCAACGGCGAUCGGGGAUUUUACCUACAGAGGCACAGAUUUGCCGGUUACCAGUCAGAGAUAGCACGUUCGGUUUUUUGUUUGUGCCCUUUGGGGUGGGCACCGUGGAGCCCGAGGCUGGUUGAGUCCGUGGCGUUGGGAUGCGUGCCGGUAAUAAUAGCUGACGGGAUCCGGUUGCCCUUCCCCACCGCCGUGAACUGGGCGGAGAUAUCCAUAACCGUGGCGGAAAAGGAUAUAGGGAAAUUGGGGGAGAUUUUGGAACACGUGGCAGCUUCCAAUCUGAGUACUAUCCAAAAGAACUUAUGGGACCCGAGGAAUCGGAGGGCCCUGCUGUUCCACGAUCAGCUAGAAGAAGGCGAUGCCACAUGGCAGGUGGUUCAUGCCCUGUCGGAGAAGCUGGACAGGUCGUAUAGGCGUUCGAGGGUUUCAAAGCAAUAAAAGUAGGCCACGUCAUCAGUUAAUUGACGGAGUUUUCCAAUUAAAAGGUGGUCUACCUUUCCUACGUGGGUGUGGGUGUAGUUGGGUAUGGGGAUGAUGGUUGAAGACAGCUGGAUUUUGCAUGAAACUGGUCGCACAGUGAAGAAUGGUAUUUCAUUUGUAAUGGUGGGGCCCAAACACAGCUGGUCAAGUAUUCAUCGGGAAUAUAUUAGUAGCAGCAGCUACGACUUCGAGGGGUGAGUAGGCCACGUGGGCGCUUCGGAUUGGACAGCCUAAUGAAGCAAAUAUAAUAAUGACCACAGUGGUGGUGGUAUCCAUACAUGUGAAUGAGAAUAUUUAAUUUUGAAUUGAAUUGAAUUUAAUUUUUUUUA